AUGGACGACGACGCAGCCUCAGUGCACGACGUCAAGAUGGAGGAUGCGGGUGGCGACGACGGCAAGGUGAUCGACAGCAAGCCGGGCUACAAGUCAUGGAAGAAGAAGUAUCGCAAGAUGCGAAUCACAUUCGACCAGAAGAUGCACGAUGGAGAGGAGCUGCACAGACAGGAGCAAAAAGCUAUCGAAACAUCCAAGAGGAUAGCAGUCGAGAUCGAUCGCCUUCUCGACCUCCUCCUCGACCUCAACAACUCGGCCCAGAUCCCGACAGACAGGCGCUUCGACGUCAGCCUGGACAUGCCCGCCGACGAGGACAUCCCCCAUCUCGACAUCGACGACCCCAAGAACAAGCGCUACGUCGGCGAGAAGCCCGCCAAGUCGCUGGCCGAGCUCCUCAAGGAGGUCCCGCACCUCGACUACGCCGCCACGGCCGAGCGCUACCCAGAGCUCGUCGCCGACCUCCAGCCGCUCGAGGACUCGCCCGCCAUCGACCCGUCGCAGGCGCAGCACCCGCCCUCGUUCCUCUCGGCCGACGAUCUAGACAACUACAUCUACGAAGUCGACUCGCGCCUGCCCCGCUCGGGCUCCCCCCUGCCGUCCCUCGCCCCUGCAGCCCAUGCCAACGGCCACCACAACGGGACCAACGGCGUCCUCGCCAACGGCGGCUCCUUCGCCGCGGCCGUGGGCGCCGGCAAGGACCCGGCCUCGUCGAGCCGCGACUUCAUGCUGCGCAACCCGACUAGUGUGUACAACUGGCUGCGCAAGCACGAGCCCAAGACCUUUCUGCAGGACGGCGAGACGACGCCCGCCGACCGCGACGACGACGCCCACUCGACGUCGCACCACCAUCACCAGUCUACCACGACUAGCAGCGGGCGCGGCCGCAAGUCGACCGGCGCGCGCGGCGACCACCACCACGAGGGCGGCGGGCGCCGGUCCAUCGGGGCCCGGGCUUCGAAGCGGGCGUCGGCGGCGCACGGCGGCCGCGGGAAGCGCCACUCGAUGGACGAGAGCAUGGACUACCUCGACGACGACACCGCUCAUCACCAUAGCGACAGUGGUGGUGGUGGCGGCGGUGGCGGGGGCAGGGGAGGCGGUGCGGCCAAGCGCAAGCGCAACCUCGACGACGACGCCGGGUACCGGCCCAAGGGCGGCGCGAGCCGGCCGCUUAAGCGGAGCAAGCGCCGGAGCGAGGGCGCUGUCGAGACCGCCUCGGGCCGGGCACCGUCCAACAAGCCGCGUGCGGGGCGCAAGAGUGACGGCGGGGCGGUGCUGUCUGCGUCCAAGGGGGCUACCCCUGAGGACGGGCGGGAGGAGGGGACUCGAGGCGGGGAAGGAGAGGAUGUUGAGGCUUGA